CGGCUGUCAUGCGACUGGGCAAAUAAAAAAAAAGAAUCCGGUUUUGUGUAUAUUUUUGUGCACACACAUUUUAGGUGCACGUGCAUAUUGUAAUUUCCAUUCCGCUAAAUGAUUUCCAAGAUGAAAAUCCUAAAUAAAAAAUCCAAAGUUUUGCUUGAUACUACGUCAGCAGCUAAUCAGGAUACGGACAGUGAAAUGUCCGAGCAAGAUCUGGAUGAACAACACUUAUCAGACGAUGAGUUCCCUAUGACUGAUGAUGAAACAGAUGAAGUGAAUGAUGGUAACAAUUUGUCAGAAACAUCUAAAUGGGCCCUUACAAUGGCGAAAUAUAUUAAAAAGUCGAAAGAUGCGCCCAUCCUCUCGAAAGCCACGAAAGAAUCGGAUAUUGCAAAAAAGCGAAAGGAAGCAAAGCCAACAUAUAAAUUUGAAAUCAUUAGUCAAGAUAAACCAGUUCAAGAUGUUGAUGACAAGGAGGACAAACCAACCAAUUUAGAGAUGGCCGCAGAACUGAUUCGUCAAAGGGCAUUGCUCAAAAAGGAACGGCAAAAAGAUAUUUUAGGAUUGCGGGUAAAACCAGCUGUUGGAGGGUACGAACGGGAGAAGGCUCUGAAAAAGAUUGCCACCAAAGGUACCGUUCAACUAUUCAAUGCUGUCCGACAUCAACAACGAGAUAUCAGUAAAAAGCUACAAAACGCUGGGAAACUGGAAUAUAAGCGCGAAAAAGUGCUAAAAAAUCUUAGCAAAAAAGAAUUUUUAAAUGUUCUGAUGAAUGGACCAAGAGCAAAAUCUGAAUUGGUGGAUAGUUUAAUUAAGAAAGAAGAAACCGAAUCACAGAAUGAGUCGGGCAAUGACGAUGACGAACCUGAGUCCACAUGGGGUGUUCUGAAGGCAGAUUUUCUAACCGGUAAAAAGUCUGGAUGGGAUAGAGAAGACAACGAGAAUGACAAAAGCAUAGGUAGUGAUGGUCCAAUGGAUGAGAGCUCGGACUCUGAUUGAAUAAAUAUUACUGUUUCGUUA